AUGAACGACGCUGCCGCCACGGAGCACGUGUGCGGCUUGCUCCUGGCUAACGGCACGAGAGUUGCGCUGGUGGGCAACGGCCCGCUCAGCGAGCACGACCACGCCGCCAUCGACGCCGCCCCCACCGUCGUGCGCUUCAACGAUUUGUACCACAUGCGGCGCGGGGAACGCAUCACAUUGUGGGUGCUCACCACCAGCCAGGUCCAGGCAUCGACAUUCCGCACAGCAAACAGACUGGCGAAGGGCGCGCAUGCGGCGCUGCUCUUCACCAACCGGGCCAUCCAGCCUGCCGACGAGGUGACGGCAGCACAGAAGGCGCUAGGUGUGGGCAGGCGGCGAGUGGCGGAGGUUCGCUACAGCUGGCACAACCCCUUUGCGCGGCGGGUGGGCGAGCUGCUCAACAUGAGCGGCACCCGCGUGACCACGGGCUUCAGCACGCUGAACCUGGUCCUGCACUGCCUGCCGCCCGAGGGGCGAGUGGACCUGUAUGGCUUUAGUUUCAUGGUCCGCCCCGGCGCGAUCAAGCGCGGCAUUCACAGCGGGGACAUGGAGGCUGCGUUGGUGCGGCUCGCGCAGCACUUGCUGCCAGACCGGCUGCGCAUCCACGAGACGCCGGAGGACCUGUCCCGCUUGGAGCACCGCGCGGCGGCGCUGGACGCGGCGGCGCCCUGCGCGCGCUGCGCUCGCCCGCUGUCGGCGCCCGCCCCCGCCUCGGCGGGGCCCUCGGGCGGCGCCCUGCCCCGCCUCUACCUCUUCCCCACCGGCAACGCCUUCCACGCCUCCUGCCUGUGCGCCGAGGCUGCUGAGCUGGCGCCCGCGGUGCAGCGCCGCCGCGUGGCGCGCCUGGUCGAGCGGCUGGCGGGCCUGCCGGAGGGCGCCGCCGCCGCGCCCGCCACCCCAGACUCCCCCGCCGCCAACGUGGAGGCGCUGAGGCAGCGGCUGGAGGAGGAGGUGGCUGUGGAGGACCCGUAUGAGGGGGAGGUGGUGGCGCGGCACCUCACCCGCCCCUUUGUGGCGCCAGAGGAGGCCGCCGCAGACAGCUGGGCGCUCUAG